AUGCGCGCGGUGUGGCUGGUGUGCGCGCUCUGGACCCUGAGCGCUCCAGUACAAGUGGGUGCUCAGACGAACCCGCAGACUCUGCGCUGUCUGUUGGGGUUCACGCCGUGCAGAGACGGGUCGCAGUGUCUGCUGUUCAACCACGUGUGCGACGGAGAGAAGGAUUGUGCCGACGGAUCGGACGAAGACGAAUGUGAAUCGGAAUGCAGCCUGGGUCAGUUCCAGUGCGCUCACGGCAGGAAGUGUAUCGCGAGGAUGCAGAUGUGUGACGGCGAGUCUCAGUGUUCAGAUCGGUCCGACGAGGACGGCUGCUUUUAUUCGGACGAGGUCUGCGCGCACCGCUGUGACAAGAGUCUCUGCCUUCAACCAUCAUCUGUCUGCGACGGAGAGACCGACUGUCCCGACGGGAGCGACGAGGCCGACUGUGGUGACGACCCCGGAUCUUCAGCAGAACAGGAAGAAAAAAGUCCGGCCGCGACCCCCUCAGGCGAGCAGAUGAAUUGCCCGUUCGGAUUCAAAUCCUGCCUGGACGGAAGCGCGUGCAUCCUCCACGAGCACGUGUGUGACGGCAAGCGGGACUGUGGCGACGGAUCAGACGAGGACGGGUGUCAGGUGGAGUGCACGAUCGGUCAGUUCCGGUGUGCUCACGGCAGGAUGUGCGUGGAGAAGACUCAGGUGUGUGACGGUGUGGCUCAGUGCCAGGAUCAGUCGGACGAGGAGGGGUGUGAGGUGCGGGUGGAGUGUGUUGGUGAUCAGUGUAAAUGUCCUGCUGAUCUGCUGCUGGAUGGAGAUGGACGGACCUGCUCCACGUCUCCAGACUCCUCGUCCUUCAUCCUGCUGCAGUCCCCGACCGCACUAUCACAGGUGAACAUGUGGAGCAGGUCGGCGGGACUAAACCUCACCACCUGGCCGGAGCGUCAGCAUCUGGACCUCCCGGACGGUACCACAGCAUCGGCGCUGGACUUUAUCCUGAAGGAGCAGACGCUGUAUGUUCGGGACGCGACCAUGACCUCUGUGGAUGUGUUUAAGCUGAAGGGUGUGGCUCUGACCCCCAGCAGGACUCUGUUUAAGCUGAAGGAGGGCUUGAUGACCGCGAUGGCGGUGGAUUACGUCACGCUGAACGUGUUCUGGGCCGCCCAGCCGGGCGUGUACGUGACGGUGGCUAACGGAACCCACACGGCGUUACUCCUGGAGGGCGUGGCCGUGCGCUCCAUCACCCUGCACCCCCCCACCGGGCAGCUGUGUUUCAGUAAUACAGACCCGAGCGGAGAGAAGGUUCGGCUGGAGUGCGCUCACAUGGACGGGGGGAGCCGGGGUGUGGUGCGGGACGGGGUCACGGACCCGGUCUCACUGAGUCUGUCGAGUGAUGGGAACACCGUCUACUGGGCUGAUAUCAGUUCUGGUCUCGUCUCCUCAGUUAAGGUGGAUGGUUCUAACUUUAGAAGUAUGAGGAUUAGAGAAGCUCUGGUGGGGUUCACGCUGGUCGAUGACGUGCUGGUCUGGCUCACACGGACAGAUUCCUGGAGGUGCUGGUUCAGUGAGGAUCAUCAGACAGCGAGGCUGUGGUUCGAGGUAACAGACGAGCUGCUGGAUGUGAAGGCCGUCAGUGAGCAGAACCAGAAAGGUACUAAUUUCUGCUCCGGAGGAAACGGUGGGUGCUCUCAGCUGUGCCUGGCGUCCCCCAGAGGCAGGACGUGCCGCUGCGGCCAGGGUUUCGUCCUCACCGACGAGACGAGAUGCGUUCCGGACCCGCGAUGCCCGGUGGGCACGAAGCCUUGUCUCCGUGGUGAUGAGUGUCUGCCCAGAGAACGCUUCUGUGAUGGCAGUCCGGACUGCGCUGACGGAUCAGACGAAAUCUGUGUCCAGGAGCAAGUGAAAUCUGUAGGUUCGAGGCGUGAGGAUGUUAAAGCCGAGGGCGUGGACUCCGCCUCGUGUGGGGUGAGGCUGUGUAACGGUAACGGCGUGUGUGUGAUGCAGGGCGGGAGUGCGGUGUGUGAGUGUAGGAUGGGUUACGGAGGGGAGCGGUGUGAGGAGCAGGGGGGACUGCUGCAGGGCCCCGUGGUGUACGGCGCUGUGGGAGUGGGCGUGGCACUCGUGGUCCUCGGGGCGAUCGUCGGGGUCAUGCAGAGGAAGAAAUCUGCCGACCAGAGACGGGCGCGGCCCAUAGUGAGGGACAUGAGUAUGAGAAAUUUGGGGAACAGGAGUGAAUCUUCACCUGCUCAGAAGAACAAAGAUCCAGAGAAUCCUGAGGGCGUGGUGGCGGUGACGGCGGGGACAGUGGGAGAUUAAUCCUCAUCUGGAGUCCCUGUACCGAGUCUUAAUGUGAAAUAAACCUGUAACUGUU